UGCCUGGGGGUCGCUCGAGUGAGAAAAAAAAAUAGAUGGCUGUCAAAAUAUUUUCUUGAUAAGCAUUUUUCGCCCGUAGACAAGCUAAAAAGUGUAUAAAAUGUUGUGAUUAAGUGAAAAAAAAUUGUAUUUAUUUGUACAUCAAUCAUCAAAGCACAUAUAUACAUAGGAAUGCAGGACAUAAAGUUGAAAGGUGCAAUAGGUGGGCAUGAAUCGCGAAAAAUGCUGUCAGGGGGUGAAAAGAGCCUUUUACUGCAAUCUCCAGCUGGUGGGGAGCCACUAGUGUACACGUGGCCCCUGCAAAUUGGCUCAGGAUCGGACAAACAUGACUGUGGCAUUGACAUUAUUGAGACCAUUCGGUGGGUCUUUGAGGAUAUGGCCCAGUCCAAGGUGGCUCAUGAGCAGCUCAAUUUCACAGAUGUCAAAACUACUUGCUAUGACUCUAUGACUAAGCUCUGUGACACUUACAAUGAGCUAAUUGGACGAAUAAUAGCUGGAGAAAGGGAUUCUGGGACAUUUGAACAGCGUCUCAAUAAGACAGCCACAAAGGGACUGCUUAAGCACAUCUUGCAGCAGGUGUACAAUGGCUCAGUGGAUGAUCCGGACAAACUCAAUCAGUACGAACCUUUCUCGCCGGAAGUUUACGGUGAGACCUCGUACGAUCUGGUUUGUCAGAUGAUUGACCAAAUUGACAUCUCGCCGGAGGAUGUGUUUAUCGAUCUGGGAUCGGGUGUUGGUCAAGUGGUGCUUCAGAUGGCCGCUGCUACCCAUACAAAAAUCUGCCUUGGCAUCGAGCGUGCGGAAUUCCCAUCCAGGUACGCCGAGAGCAUGGAUUACAACUUUAAGCUGUGGAUGAAGUGGUUUGGGAAGCGCUAUGGGGACUAUCGUCUGAUCAAGGGUGACUUCCUGGCUGAUGAACACCGGGAAAUGAUCAAUUCGGCCACAGUGGUCUUUGUCAAUAAUUUUGCUUUUGGUCCACAUGUGGAUCAUCAGUUGAAGGAGAGAUUUGCCGAUCUCAAGGAUGGUGCCCGAAUUGUUUCCUCCAAGAGUUUCUGUCCAAUCAAUUUUCGCAUAACUGAUCGCAAUUUGUCGGACAUUGGGACAAUAAUGCAUGUGACGGAAAUGUCCCCAUUGAGGGGAAGUGUUUCGUGGACGGGAAAACCAGUGUCGUACUAUUUGCAUGUGAUUGACAGGACAAAGUUGGAGAAAUACUUUCAGCGACUGAAGAAUCAGAAGGCAACUGAUGGGGAGUAUGGAUUUACAACGGCUGCCAAUACUCGGACAAGUACCAGGGAAAAGGGAAAGAGGAAUACUGCUGCCAAGGUUAUGUAUGAUUCCUCCUCGGAUACUGAUGCUGAAGUCACAGGACCCACCACCAGGAGAGCCUGGAGUGAUUGGUGCAGUUCCAAGGAUAAGAGCAGUCAGUCGGAGGAUGAUAGUUACAAUUCGAGCUCACGUGGAGCCCCACAGAAGAAGUCCCAGGGUCAACAAGGCAAGAAGAACAAGAAAAUUGUCCGGAAGAAGAAUACGAAUCUGGAGACACAGAAGAAGCGUGGGCGUCUUCGGAAGGGGAAACAGAGAAAGAGCCUGAAAAUUGUGGGAUUGGAUUUGCUGCACAGCAAAACUCUGCUCAGCACGUCGGUGGAAGCUCUGGGGAAGAAACUUCCCCCAGCUCCUGGAUGCAUCGAUCAGCAAUUGACAUCGCUCACGGGAAAUAUGGAACACACUGAACUGGAGAUUCCAACGGCUCCCGGAGAGACCCCGUAUGCCCUGCAGAUUUUGCUGGAUAUGUUCCGGAAUCAGUAUAUGCAGGCACUGGAGCAGAUGAAGACACCCAGCUACAAGGAAAAUCUCCAGUUGCAGAUUGAGCGUGAGAAGGAGAGGAAUAGGAAAUUGCUGAAUAGAGCUAAUCAAUUGGAGAAGCAAAUCCGGGUGUUGAUUGAUGACAGUGUGGCUCUGCUGAAGGCAAGAAUGAAGGAAUUGGGUAUCAGUACUUCCAGUCAGAAUGAUUUGCUGUCGAAGGCCAAAGAGAUUGUGGGAAGGCACAAAGAGCUCCAGGCCACAGCUACUCGCCUUCAGAAUCAGGUGAGUAGCAUUGAGAUGGAGCAAAAGAUGCUGGUGAUGAAUAGAGUGAGGAAAUUAGCAGAGAAUUUCUACAAGACAGAUCAGAUUAAGGAGAGUGAUCUCACGAGAAAUCUCUCCUAUGAUCUUGUCCUCAAAGAAAUUGAUAAUACCUUUGCGCAGCGAAAGAGAAUCUACAGUCAGAUGUCAGCAAUGGAAGGGGAAAUUCGACGUUUGGAGAAGAGUGUGAGGCAAACCAAGGAGAUUAUCAGUCAAAAUCCACAAAUUUAUGUGCCAAAUCCCGAUACUCAAGCCACUGGCAAACAAAAUCGUUCCCGAUCGAAUCGUAUGCGAAUGCAUGAGUGGCCAGAUGUGCCAGAUGUUGGGAAGAUUGACGAAAAGAAUCCCGAAUUACUGGCACAGAAGAUUCUGGCAACGGGUAGGAAGAUUGAGGCGGGAAAACUUGCCGGAAGUUCAACGGCGAAAGCCUCAAAACCCAAAGAACCCAAAAAAUCCAAACAUGGGAAUCUCGAUAGUGAACUGAUGCCAGCUCCUGUGUUCACAAAACAGCCACAACAGAUGAAUCUCAGCAAUCCACCAACGACGCCGAAUAAACCACAAGUACCCACCUCAACGGCCAUUCCCACGCUCAAGAUUCACGAUACACCGAAGGUGGUUAAUUUUGAGGAUCGCCUCAAGAGUAUCAUAACUUCGGUGUUGAAUGAGGAUCAAGAGCAGAGGCGAUCGCAGAUGGCACAACAGCAACGAGAGCCCAAAAUGACUCAGCCAUCAUCAUCAAGUGUCAUCCUUCAGGCGCAGGAGCCGGAAAUCCCACCGCAACCAUCAACGUCAACUCACGAAAUUGUCCCAGUGGCUGACUUGAUACAAGAAUCUGGGAAAUUUACUGCCAUUCAAGGGAUGCAAAUGAAGAAAACCGCCGCAGAGUCCUUCUCAACGGCCUAUCAGGUUUAUCUUAGUCAGCAGCAGAUGCAACAACAAGUACAACAUGAGGCUGCAAUGGAAGCUGCAGGACGCUAUGAUGAGCGCAUGACACCUGAAGCUGUGGCUCAGAUGGAUCCCUCAAAGAUGCGCAGUAGCACCUUCUCACCGGGAAUGCGGCUACCUCCACAAUCGCAUCGUGGUGUAGUUUAUUCGGCAAUGCAACCGGAUUACACUCAAGUGUCACCGGCAAAAAUUGCCCUAAGGCGGCACCUGAAUCAGGAACGCACAGCCCAACAAUCGCCAGUUAACCUCCACAGAGGUAGCAAGACAAUUGGGGAUUUGGUAAAUGGGGAAAUUGAGAGGACACUGGAGAUUUCCAAUCAGUGCAUCAUAAAUGCUGCUGUAAAUAUGAGUGGGAUCUCGGAGCAGGAGAUGCUUGCCAAGGAGCACAAUGUGGCGACAACGAAGAAGGAUUAUGGCUUUGCUGGUGUUCCCGGAAGUCAUCGGGGGGUGGAGAGGAAGCUUACUUACACUGCCGAGCCAUCGUCGAAUGCUCAGACUUCCGAUCAUGCUGCUCCUCAUCCACCUCUCGAAGGACUGGCUGCGUCUCUUCAGGCCCGUGUAAUUGCUUCGCUGCAGAUCAAGCAGGAGACUGAUCAUUCGCAUCCGCAGCAAAUUCAACCAAGGGAUCUUCAUGAGGUGCAUCCCAUGGAUCUACAGCCGAUGCAGAUUAAGCAGGAGGAUGUAAAGCAGGACUCUCAGUUGAUAUACUAUCAGGGAGCUACCAGGAGUAUUGUUGAUGCAGCUCCACCGUACAUCAACUGCGACAGACAGUCUGCCUCCUUAGAUUCCACAAUUAGUCCGGACACUAAUUACGGUGUCAUGGAUGACAAGCAGAAGGGACGCAGACAGGAUGAUGAAUUCCUGGAUGAUGAGAGCCACUGGCAAGACAGAGUUCGCUGUGGAUUUGACAAAUUGGUGGCUUUUGCAUCAAUUGAGUUGGACAAAACUCGUCGAUCCAUAGAAGAAGCUUCGCUGCCUUCCAGCAAAGAUGGAUCUCCUCACUAUGGGGAUAGUAAGAGCUGUCAUCAAGCACCGCAAAUGGCACCAGUAAAAGCCUCAUCGACAUCUUCAUUGUCAGUAACGACUACAGAAUCUGUGGCUACGACCUGUGACAUUUCUCCUGGGUUUGCGGAAGAGAUGCUUCCACAUACUCCCAGUCCCAGCCUCACGCCGCCACCGCAAAGUGGCUCAGCGGCCAGGGUGCCAAUGAGUAGUCAGCAACAGCAGCAACUGAACAUUCCUCUGAAGUAUCAGAGGCAGUCGCGCACAGAAAAGCACUACAAGAAGAAGUUCAGGGAGAGGAAGUGGGAAUAUGGGAUUGAGGGGGAAGCAGGGGGAUUUGCGGGUGCUGAUGAUGGAUCUUCUGGACCUUCCUCCAAGCUGCACAAAUCUUCAAAAUUUCGACCGAAGGGGAAGGAUUGGCACUGGGUGGGAGAAGCUGGAAUUUCUGGAGGAUACCCCGGAAAUCCGCCGGAUAACUGAAGGCGGUCGCGCAAAGUGAGUAAUUUAAAUUAAGCCAAUAGUGUUAAAAGUUUAAUCUUCAUCUCCUUCAUGCAUUAUAUUCACUACUUAUGUAACACUGCCGAUGUUAGUAAAAUAAAAAGUCCGUCAAUAACA